AUGGAGCUCCGGUACAUAAACUCCCUAUUUUUUCGCCGGUUCGGGUCCCACGCUGUGACGAUCACGUCUGUGAGCCCUGCUAACGAGCUUGGGAUUCUCUUCGCUGGCAUGUCCAACGGGUGCCUUGUUGCGUGGGAUAUGCGCUACGAGCCAUCGCCCCUUGCACGUGUCGUGGUCUACAAUGCCCACAAGGGAGCCAUCAAGGCCCUUUGCUGGCAGCCAUAUUAUCGCCUGCUCUUUAGUGGAGGCGUCGACGGGCUGGUAAAGGUCUGGGAUCCCAGCUUCACAGACUUCCUUGACGUCAGUGGAAUGAUGGCAGAUCAUUCUGCACUCGCACAGAUCUUCUCCAGCGAAAAGUCAAACCCCAUUAUAGAGCGCUACAAAUAUACCGUUCAGCCGCUGAUCACAGAAGAGGAAACAGUCUCACCGAGCACUGGUUCCAUAAAACUGACCCGUCUAGUUCAGUCGCUCGGUGACUUCACUCGACCAAUUAUCAAGAUUUCAUACAUCGCCCACCACAUCGCGGUCCUAUCGAUGGACGGCUAUAUAGUAGUCUAUUACCCCGAUCCUCGACGCGAUCUUACUAUAUUGAGGUAUCCUUUGUUCAUCAAAGUAGCAAGCAUAUUUCUCGGACAUCAGCAGCUCGAUCGCGUGAAGAACUUUUCCACCUUGCAACUAGGAUAUAGUCUUCAGGAGCCGAUUCACAAAGACAGCGUGCUAGAGCGCUAUAAUUUUCCUGUUAGUGACUACGCAUACAAGCGAGCCAUGUCUAUUAAGUUGCAGCCUGCCAGCUCCUCUGCCCCUUUGACGUCAGGCGCACCACCACAGGCCUCGCUGCCUCAGAAGGAACCCGCUCGGUUAUUAUCUGCAUCUUUUGAGACACAUGACACACUGAAUCUUCGGGACAUAGUUGAGUGUGGUCAGUUGGACAAUGGACGUUCGCUUUCAGUGACGAAAAGGGGCACGAACAUAGACGUUAACGCACCCCUUGACUACAGUGUUAACCCUCUGCUGACUGAGCCAGUAAUUCCGCUUUCUUUGGCAGUGGACACUGAUAACACCACGUUUUACGUGGGCGAUUCUAACGGCACUGUUCACAGUCUCUCGGUACUUGAUGGCAAGGUGUUCUACAAAAGCCAAAUUAAGUACGUUUCUAAUAAUUCCAUACUGGAUUGCUGCUUUGUCCCCCACGAAUCAUCCCUCAUUGCGACAGGAGCAGAUGGAACAGUACGGGGACUCAUUGCAAUGACUGGAAAGAAUUAUUUCGGGCGUGCCGGCCCCAAGGGAGUGGUCUUUACCAGGGUUCUGCAUUGUCCUAAGCGAAAGCUCGUUGAAUACGAGGACCUAAUGUCAUCACGGCCGGAAUCGGCGCAGUUUGUCAAGCAGAUUCGAGCUAGGAUGCGACAGUCAGGACCGUCCUUGAGUACGAUUCAUGAAACAGACGAGCUCCUGAUAGAUGUGAUGACGCAGACCUUGGAGGAGCAACAGCUUAGAACUAUGCUGCAGAAGAAUCGAAAUCAAGAGAUGCGCGAGCAACCAAUCGCAGAAACAGACUUAACGGCGCUGUUCACAGGGAGUUCUUCCAAGAAGGAGAUAACAGCUAAAGAAGCCUAUCACUAUGAAUCGCAUGCAGCCAGAUCUAUGAAGAUAGAUGAGGGUGCCAACUCAGAUCUAAAAAAGAAAGAUGACAACAUUAUACUGAUGGACGCCAGCGGUCUUCUUCUUAUUGUGGAGUCAACAACCAAUAUAACUCUCUUUGAAGCGAUGUACCCCGAAAUAGGCCCUGUCCCAGCAGCCUUAAUGGCUAAGGCUACAGAACUAGGAGUAUUUCUUACCACACCAGUGGUUACUCAACCACGACGGUCCUUGAACUACCAAUUCUAUGCUAUUGCUAAGAUGAAUCUCAGUCUCCAAGAAGAGUAUUGGAUUCUUAGAGGCCGGUUUGCCAAAACAAUGGCGAAGAUGGACCAAAGGCAUAAGUUAGAAAGCUUUAUGACCGAAUCGGCCAUCAAGAAAGGCCCAGCUAGAGCAUCCUCAGAAAGCAGACCCACCAAUUCUCUACCAAGAGCUCAGCGGCGAGCAAAAAGCAAGAGCUCCAUCGAAUCCAUGGAUGAGAAGGUCAGCGCAACGAAGGUGAGCAUUCUUAACUGUUACGAAGACAUGCAGCUUAUAGAUAUGUUCCUAUUAAAGUUGCCACCGGACUUGAAUCCCCGGGGAGAGGUCGUUAUUGGAAUUGUGAGGCCCGUGUGCAUAGACUUCUUUAAGCCAGUUUAUAAGCAUGCGGGACAGUCGCGCGGUAUGGGUCAUUCCAAGCCAAUCCAGCUACUGUCGCUUCUGCCAGCUCCACCCCUACCCUUCCUCGAUCCUACAGAUGAAACUAAAAACAGCGCAGAAAUGCCUAUUACCGACAAAAAGAUUAACUCUUUGCUCGAGGGUCGAAGCCAAGAAUUUUUAUCCACCACGGAUGGUAAUCCAAUCUUGCAGCGAUCGGGCGCUGCUUGCGCAGACAGUAAGUCCGCACAAGGUAUGCGCCUCUCCAAUGAAAGGACGACAAUGGAGGAUAUAGCUAACACACAAACAGAGUCAGUAAGCAUUACAGCACAGAGCUACUACAAGAAUCAUGCCAUUCAAGAGUUGAGCAACGUGAGCGAAUCUAAAAAUGUAGACGUCCUAUCAAGCAUCGACGAGCCCGUUUCAGAAGACUAUGCACAGGCUCAGCUCCAGCAGAACCGUUUAAGAUACCGCAAUAACAGCAUCAGAUCCAGAAAGAUCAGCAACACAGAAACAGAUUUUGUGAGUGCUAUUAUUAAUGGUGACAUCAGUGUUUCCCACAGUGGAGCUGAGACCAUCAGAGGCGCAUACAGCGUUCAAGACAUUGUCAAGACCCAGUUGGAUAGUAUUGCCAGCAUCUCGACAAAGCGCGCAUUAUCUCCUAACGACCCUCAUAGCCGAAUGACAGCAUUUGCAGAGAUGAGACAUAGCAUCCUAAAGAGCUUGACCGCAAGUAGAACACAGAGCCCAGGGCAGACUAUUUCCUCAACAGUAGUCGCGUCGAAUAAGCCUGCUCAAAAGAAUCAAGAGAGAGAUGAUCUGACGCUGCAAGAACUGCAGGUAAGUAGUGCUACAGGCGCAGAGUCAGGUGGAUCGCAACUGAAUACUUGUCAGUUGACCCUGGGAUCAUCCCGUUUAAGCAACCUCAUCCUCAGCAAGCGCAUUACUGACUCUCAGUUUAAUAGGAUCAAUCAGCCAGAGGCUCAAGCAAAGCAGUUUGCACCGUACCUGCCGCCAGAGGUCGAUAUUGUCCAUCAUAUUGUAAGCCAUCAUACAGACGCUAGUGGCCGUCUGCCGCUGAUUUCUCGCUCUGGGGCACGAAACGCUGCAAAGAAGAAGCUUAUGCCUCCGUUUUACGUUCUAUCGUGCUCAUGCGAUAAUGACGUCUAUACUUGGGACGCGCGCAUCAUGAGCCGCCCGUACCAUCACUACACCUUUUCCUUCGAUGUGCUGAAGUACGCAAGGAUCCUCAACCUAUCUCAAAUCACAGGGAUUGUGUUGGACGCUGCCUCCAUCCUUUUCCAUAAGUACCUUGUAGACGGAGCCACCAUGGCGACAAAGUCUGCAUCCGUUGGUAUAUGCAGUGACCCUAUACUUAACAGAUCUGGCGAUAAGCAGAUUAGAAAGCUCCUUCUUUCAAGCAGUCGAUUGUACAAUGUAGAGGGUAGCGAUUCAGAUGAGCGAAUGAUCGAGUUAAAAGAAUCAAAUAGGUUCUGCCAGCGUGCUCUUGAAAUAGGAGCCAGUGAUCAGGAAGGUCAUGGAGCAGGGCUGUCUUCCAAAUUAAAGGAUAUCUCAGACCGUGUAAAGCAAGAAAAACUCAAAAAGGAAGCCGAAACACGCCAAGAAGAACUAUUUACGCGGCUUUCUAAUGGCCUUUCGGCAAAUGGAAAGGGGUUCCAACUGUCCACCGCACAAAAAGGAGCCAACGGGGUUCGCUCGAGCAAUUACACAAACUACCAUGUGGAUGAUGCAGAUAUUAGGGUUCGUCUACUGAAGUUGGGAAAGUCAGGAUUACUCGACAAAGAAGCAGUGAAGUCACUUAUUAAUCAAGUACCCACAGAGACGAAGAUCUACACGCAGAAGACCAAAGACAUGUCAUUUUUAAAUUUUGAUCGCUUCUACGUUCUCCACCCGGAUGUACUAAACAUGAUAUCUGGAGCUCCCGAAGACAAUGCAGCCGCAGAAGAUAGCCACUUGGGCAUAUCUCCAUAUUAUGUUGGAAAAUUCAGCAAGGACAGUAUCUAUAACAUCAUUAGUCAAAGCGAUGUGAUGCCCACAGAGCUCCUCUGUGAUAUCAGUAACAGCAUCACAGUCGACAAACACGCUGACUCGCAAUUGGCGGAAGCAGUUAACAAAUCCGGCCUCAGCCUUGACACGAUCCUCUCUGAAGACCGUACUCAGAGUCAGACCCAAUUUAACAGGCAGGUGUACUUUGAAGUAAAGAAGCUUUCAGAGCUCCCUUCGGCCUUUCGCUUCUUGGCUGUUGAGCCGUGCAAUUUCCUGAUGAUUGGACAUGAAGACGGAUCGCUCACUGCUAUGGUCACGACUAUAAAGCAAUCCUUUCAGGGUACACCCAGAAAAAACCAGCUAGCCAAGGAGGCAGCAUCUGAUAGCACCAUUUUGAAGAGGGGUAAUAUACCUGCUACCAAUAAAGCAGUUUCCCGGCAGACGACCUUCUUUAGAGUAUUAGCAGGUCACAGCGAGUGCGUCUCUUGCAUGUGCUAUAUAUUGACAGAUCAGUGCUGUUAUGUGUGUAGUGCAAGCAUUGAUGGGUCUAUUUUGUGUCUGAUACACCCUCUCGUGGGAGAUUUCAGGCUCCAGUACAGCGUCUGGUCUAAGUUUGUUUCGGAUCUAGACAACGAAGCAUUACAAGGGUCGAAGGAUGGCGCUGAGGAGGCCCAGGACCUUCUAUCUGAAGCUCGAAGAAGCCCUGAGAUCAUCGAGUUUUUACAAGGGUCGGGCUCGUUUCUUAUUGCUGGAACUAGUUUCGGAAAUGUAUAUUUCAUUACGUUUCCCCUGCAGUCACCGUUACGCACGGCUCUAUUCUUCCAGACAAAACCUUUCAUGCAGGCAUAUAUUAACAGCGAAGGCGUUACCACGCCAGCGUCUACCCCUUCGGCUAGUAUUAAGUUUCUGGAUUAUUGUUGUGAUACGCUGACGAUUGUACUUGAAAGCGGCCACAUUUUACAGUUCGAUCAAGUGUCUCUCUACUACAAACACUGGCUCUAUUUCUCUAACACUGGAAAGCUGGCUAUGGAUCCAUCCACUACUUCUCACUACCUCUCACGGCUCACAUAUGAUAGGUCUUCUCAUGCGCUUGUUCUAUCGACGGGCUCAUCUCCACUCUGCAAUCCCCGGGAUGCGAUAAAGGCGCCCCCUAACAGUCCCUACUUUUCAAGCUGCUUCGCCGCAUUUCUCCAGCAUUUUCCCUUCAAGAUAAUGCCUCAGAGAGUUUUCUCUGCGUAUACUCAGACAACCAGAAAACCGGUGUCCGCGGACGAGGUACGUGAACUACGCCGUCGAGAGGUUGUAGACGAGUCUGAGGAUAAUAAGAUUGUUGCCACAUACGUCGUUUUCCCAAUUGUGCUAGAUACACUGGGAAUAGGUGGGGGCUGCACUUUAAGCGCCUGUGACUCCCUGACUGACGUCGCGACAGAAUCGACGGCUACCAACUCUAAGACCUACACAUCAGUAAGAGAGGUAAUACAUGCAUAUGAUCCAUCCCACGACUUAACAUACAAAAAUCAGUCAUCCGUUGGAAAGGUAUUUUAUAGUAACGGGAAGAUACUGGAGCGGCCGGUUAACAAGGCUCUGGACCAGGGGCAGAAGUACUAUGACGAAAAGCUAAGGAAGUGGAGGUAUAUCCUUCCCGAAGAUCGGAGCCCUGAGGAGCAGCCUCGUAGAAAGCCACCCUCUGUUUUAUCAAGGCAAUCAGAAGAGCGUGCUGUCAGCAGGAGUAAGUCGACUACGCCCAUGCGUUAUAUUAAUGCCUCCACUGCCGCCGUCAAAGUGAGCACCAUUGUGCAACGCAGUGUGUCUCUCGGGACGUCUUCCAGGAACAAAUCGUGCAACAGAACGUCACAGAUUACCUUGGGUACGAAGCCUUCAGAACUCAGUGCACCACAAAACCAGAAGACUAAGGAUACAGGGAGCCAGUCACGUGGUAACAUCGUGUCGGAAGCGCUUGAGCCAUCCGCCAGAAGGGUGGAGAAGCCAGAUGGGGUGAGCGAGUCUGUUAGCAGAAGCAUAAUUUGCAUCGGUUAUGCUUCAGGACUUGUCCGGGUUUACGGCAGUACAGGCCGGAUUCUAGACGAGUUUUCAUAUGAUAAUCCUGUGUCUUCUCUCAGAGCUAUUCGAGAUGAUGAUGUCGGAAGGCAACUACUUCUUUCGAUGGAAGCUGAGAUGCGUAUAGCCGCAGCCUCCACGAUCUGGAUGGGAUUUUCAGACGGGCGCCUUACGAUGGAAAAGUGCAGUGCUCUACUGGACUAUUCCAUUCCCUAG